AUGGGGAGGCAGUUCCUGUGCACCCUCCCCACCCCCCACCUGCUACAGAGACAAUCCCUGUGUGCCCCCCCAACCUGGUACAGAGAGACAGUCCUUGUGUGCCCCCCCACUUGGUACAGAGAGACAUUUCCUGUGUGCUCCCCCUCCACCUGGUACAGAGACACAGUCCCUAUGUGCCCCCCACUCCACCUGGUACAGAGAGGCAAUUCCUGUCUGCCCUCCACCCUGGUCAUAGAGAUAGUCUCUAUGUGUCCCCCCACCCCUGGUACAGAGAGACAUUUCCUGUGUGUCUCCUCUCCACCUGGUGCAGAGAGACAGUCCCUGUGUGCCCCCCCCAACGCGGUACAGAGAGAGUCCCUGUGCACACCCUCUACCACCUCACCCUGUUCAGAGAGAGAGUCCCUGUCUGGCUCCACUGCCCCCCCCCCCACCUGGUACAGAGACAGUCCCUGUGUGCUCCCCCAUACAGGGAGGCAGUCCCUGUGCACCCCUGUCCUCCUCCCCCCAUACAGGGAGGCAGUUCCUGUGCACCCCCUCCCCUGCCCCCCAGGGGUGCCAGGCUCGGGGGGGCUGUGUGCAUGCUGCAUCACUCUAGGAUGGAGCCCAGCUCUGUGCUGCAGCCUUGCUGCUUCCUCUCCCUGCAGUUGCAAAGGGAAUCGCCCACCUGGGCUCCGUGGCCUCUCGCUUGCAAGCCGGGGAGGAGAGGGACUGACCCGUUCUGGGAACCUCCUGGCUGUGUCCAUUCACCUGGAGACUCUUUGGCCUGCCCCACGGCUCUGUGCCCAGCUCCUGCUGCCCUGCCAGGGGGCUGGCCUCUGGCUGAGCCUGGGGAGGGGAGACAGCUUCUUUGGACCGAGCCUGCACGAUGUGCUGGGCCCCCAGGCUUGGGACACCGCUUCCGGGGCAACUGCGCCGCGCAUGUAUAAAAUGUACAUUGGAAAUAUUUAUAUGGACGCGCUGUAAAUACUGUUUCUUUGCCCUGUGUGACCUGCAGCCAAGGAGAUAACAGCCAAUAAAGCUCCCUCUUCCUGCCAGC